UCGAGUGGAAGUGACGUAAGGCGGCCGCCGGAGCUGUCGUUCUGCGUUGCGCGACUAGGCCUGAGCGUGGAGUGGGGUCUGCUCCCGUGAAUAUAACGCUAUGUCGAUCGAAAUCGAGUCCUCCGAUGUGAUCCGUCUUAUCAUGCAGUACCUGAAGGAGAACAGUUUACAUCGGGCUUUAGUGGUUCUGGAAUUGAUAGAGCUCCGUGAAUUGGGGGCUGCCAGGUCACUUCUGAGACAGACUGACCCUAUGAUCAUGUUAAAACAAACACAGCCAGAGCGGUAUAUUCAUCUGGAGAACCUCUUGGCCAGAUCUUAUUUUGAUCCUCGUGAGGCUUACCCAGAUGGAAGUAGCAAAGAGAAGAGAAGAGCAGCAAUUGCGCAGGCCUUAGCUGGGGAAGUCAGUGUGGUGCCUCCGUCUCGUCUCAUGGCAUUGCUAGGACAGGCACUGAAGUGGCAGCAGCACCAGGGGUUGCUUCCCCCUGGCAUGACCAUAGAUUUGUUCCGAGGCAAAGCAGCUGUCAAAGAUGUGGAAGAAGAAAAGUUUCCUACACAGCUGAGCAGGCAUAUUAAGGUAGGAUCCUUAGACAUUCAGCAGUUGGAUCUCAAGUACCAGGCCCAGGAUAACUUUAUGAUGAUGGAUGAUGCUGUCCUCUGCAUGUGUUUCAGCAGAGAUACAGAAAUGUUAGCAACUGGGGCCCAAGAUGGAAAAAUCAAGGUCUGGAAGAUUCAGAGUGGACAGUGUUUAAGGAGAUUUGAAAGGGCACACAGUAAAGGUGUCACCUGUCUAAGCUUUUCUAAGGAUAGCAGUCAGAUCCUUAGUGCCUCUUUUGACCAGACAAUUAGAAUUCAUGGUUUAAAAUCUGGGAAAACCCUUAAGGAAUUUCGUGGCCAUUCCUCCUUUGUUAACGAAGCAACAUUUACACAAGAUGGACAUUAUAUUAUAAGUGCAUCCUCUGAUGGCACUGUAAAGAUCUGGAAUAUGAAGACCACAGAAUGCUCAAAUACCUUCAAAUCCCUAGGCAGCACUGCAGGGACAGACAUCACUGUCAACAGUGUGAUCCUGCUACCUAAAAACCCAGAGCACUUUGUGGUGUGCAACAGGUCAAACACAGUGGUCAUCAUGAACAUGCAGGGGCAGAUUGUCAGAAGCUUCAGCUCUGGUAAGAGAGAAGGUGGUGACUUUGUUUGCUGCGCCCUCUCUCCCCGUGGCGAAUGGAUCUACUGUGUGGGGGAGGACUUUGUGCUCUACUGUUUUAGCACAGUCACUGGCAAACUGGAGAGAACUUUGACAGUUCACGAGAAGGAUGUGAUUGGUAUCGCACAUCAUCCUCAUCAGAACCUGAUUGCUACCUACAGUGAAGAUGGACUCCUAAAGCUCUGGAAACCCUAAUUUCAUCAUUUUUUUAAAAAACUAGCUUGAGCGCAUGUACUUAAAUGAAGACAUAUUCAUGUGUGGCUUUUUUUUUUUUUUUGGGCCAGCUUUUCUCUGUCAAUUGAAUUAGGGACAAAAAUAAUUUUGUGAAAAUUCACGUUUAAGUAGUAGUUACCCGUUUUUUUAUAUUUUUAAGGUAUUCGUUUGUUCUAAUUGGAACAGUCGUUAAUGUUUUCAGUAAUCUUUUACUUGGAGAGUGCAGAUAUUUCUAGGAAUAAUUGUAAUCUUUUAUUUGAAAUGCUGAUUAAAUUGUGCCUCCUUGAAGUAAAGUUUGUAAAUGAGUAACUCCCAUAUUCAGUAGCUGUUUGUUGUUCCAUCCUUUUUUUUUAGAUGUUAAUAAACUUUACACCUUUCUGGAGGCUGUUUUUAAACGUAAGUGCUCCUUUAGUUAACAUAUUGACUUAGAAUCUAGUGAGGUGGGUGGGACUCCACAUUGUCCCUGAAUCUUAAGUACAGCAGAAGUCAGUUCCUAGAUAGUAGACAGUCAAUGUUGGAUGUUGCACAGGAUCUCAUUUCACUGCUCCCACCCAUCUACUCAUUCUUCUUAGCUGUGCCUUCUCUCACGUGUUCUGGCCUACUCCAGAGAAUGUCAUCUCCAUUUUUUGGGUAGAACUAGUUGCAGGAUCCACUAUGAGAAUUCAGUUUUGGCAUCUCUUUUGUAUGUGAAGGGGCGUUUGGCAAAUGUGCUAUUGUUCCAAAGAAAAAUUAGAAGAGGACCUGAGACUUAGAGAAGUCUUUUUUAUGUGCGUCAUUACCAGUUAAAGGAAAAAACUUAACCAACAAAACCCUUGAAAAUAUUUUGCACAUGGAUGUCUCUUUUAUGUUUCAACUAAAGAUAUUGAAAGGUAGAGCACCUAUGUAGAUAUGUGAAGGUGCUGUGCUAGGUACCAUUUCAAAAAAGUGAAACCUCUUUAGUUUGUUUAGUUGUUUUAUGCCCUUUUAAUUUUAGUAUUAGGUACAAACUAGUGGGGAAAGGUUCUUAGAAAGUUUUCCAGUCUUAUAAAACUAAAAACCUUUCCUUUAGCCAUAAAAACCUGCAGGUUUUUGACAGAAUGGUGUAUGCUGCCAUUUUGAGAGUUGAGCACAGCCACGAACCCAUGAAUUCAUGACUGUAGUCUGCCAUUCCCGUGAAAAGCUUUCACUAAAGUAAAAGUUUCAGGUGGGAAAGAGGAAACAGCUUAUGCUAAAAUUCCUUAGAAGAACCUGCAAGCAAUUGGGGUUUGAUUUAGUCCAGGACCUCAAAAAUGCCAGUUAGUUGCGAGAUGCAUGCUGUAUCAAGGUUCACAAAGGGCAAGAACCCAAACUAACAUGUUUGGUUAGUCCUUCUAGGAAUUUUUAUUGAACACCUCUUCUGUUCUUGCACCCAGUGCUGAGGAUGGUUAAAAACCCGUUUGUCAGGAUGAGGAAGAAAAGCUCUCUGCCCCCCUUCUCACUCCAGUGUCUGCCAAGUUUUUUUAAACCCCUUUUUUGGGCUCAUUACUCACCUCCCCCACUCCCCCCUUUCAUUCCCUACUCUUGACAUUUAACUACAGUUAAAUAUUUUUUUUGGUAUUAACUCAUUUUAACAAUUGAUAGUUAAAUGAAAAGUUACCUAUCUUAGUGAAAAGCUAAUGCUUGCUUCUGGGAAAAAAAAGCCUGUGGUGACACAUUGGAAAUGCUUUGUAAUCAGUAUAUUAAGGAGACAUUCAUACAUUUCAAGAAUUGCUUAAAUUCUGAUAUCUAGACUUAAGCUUGUGAACAUGACUUUUAAACAUACAAUUAAAGCUAUUCAUAACUUGC